GGUUUGCAAUUGGAUCGUGAACAUCGAAAUAUUUGGAUAUCAUUUGCAUUGAUCAUAGUAUUCGGUUUUACUGCAUUUGUAAAACUUAAAAGUGAUGUGAUCAGAACCAGAAAAGAGGAGAUGGCCGAACGUGAAAGAAUUCGUAAACAGUUGCAUUUGACCGGUGAAAGCCGUAAGAGCAUUGGUAUCGUUGAGAAUUGA